AUGAAUGACGGAGGUCGGUGGGGCUUCAGCGACCAGUCGGGCUCGUGGAAAUACGUCGGGAAUGUUGACGUGGUCUUCCUCGGUGGCUACGGCGUCUUCCGGAACUCCGCCUACCUCACCGUCUACCACUACCAGAACAUCGACUGGCCCUACCCAGUGUGGGUGAGAGUGACAUUCCAGUAUUUCACGUCCACCAGCUCCAGACAAGUGCUCCUCAGUAACGGCUGCUACAACACCGACCCCGGCCAGGCCACGCUGUUCAUGACGGUGGACCCAGCCGCCAGGACACUCAGUGCCGGCAUCAAAACCAACUCCACCGACUACAACCUGUCUGUACGAUGGAACUUUGUGACAAACAGCGCCACUUGGUUGGUGGCCACGGUGCGUUAUGAUGGCCAGAGCCUCGAUCUGAAUAUCAGGGACAAAGAUGUGCCGUCAUCAAGCACGAGCCAAAGCCUUCAAGCGGAAGGUGAAAUCAAGAGAAGCUCUUGUGCUUUGAGGAUAGGCCGAGGCAGCAAUGGGGAGACCAUGUUUACAGGCAACAUAGACGAGGUGUCCAUAUACGCGACAUGUCAGAAUCCGCCGGCUGCUGAUGUCUGAAGAUGUCGCCCUGACGUCUCAGCGAGUGUCUACCCUAGUCCGGGCCAUACACCCCGUUGAGAGGACCUGGUCAAUGUCAACCUCAUCUCGUUGUAUUACACACGCUACUCCGUCAUAAACCACAGCUUCUGCACUCUC